AUCCUCCCUCAAAAAUAAAUUAACCACUCCUUCAUUUUUCACCAUCACAGCCUAGCUCUCCAUUUCGCUCUUGUGUUCUCAACCCACAAGUCUAAGAGAGAAAUGGCGAUCAGAAAACCCAACAAGCUGACGCAGACGGCGAUGCUGAAGCAGAUUCUGAAGAGGUGCUCCAGCUUGGGGAAGAAGCACCAACACUACGAUGAACAGGGUUUACCUUUGGAUGUGCCAAAGGGACAUUUUGUGGUUUAUGUUGGGGAAAACAGAAGCAGGUACAUAGUACCCAUCUCUUUCCUGACCCGACCCGAGUUCCAGAGCCUGCUUCACCAAGCCGAGGAGGAGUUCGGGUUCGAUCACGACAUGGGCCUCACCAUUCCUUGCGAAGAAGAAGUUUUUCAGUCUCUAACAUCCAUGCUCAGCGCUUAGGAGCUUUUUGUGGAGUUAAAUGGAUCAGGAAGAACAAAGAUGAAGCUGCUUUUCUUGCUUCUCUGUUUCUUUCUUUACCUGAUUUUUCUCCUUUGCAAAUUCAAAAAAUUUGACUCUGACCCGAGAACAGAUUUCAGAAACCCAGAUGUACGUUAUGAUUUUAUUUACUAUCUGGGUUUGGAAAUGUAAAUCUUUAUAUUUAAAGUUUGAGAAAGUUUCAUCUCUCACGGUGGUGGUUGUGGGGAUUUGUAGUACCAAUGUAACCCUGUGGAAGAAACUAAAAUCAUAUAUUAUGAAAUAUCGGAGGCUUGUCUUA